UCGUCCAUUCCCUACAAUAUAUUUAUAGCGCCACAGCGGACGGGCAACCAGAGCGACCAGGGCGAAGCAAACCGAGUACCCCGGGAGCGCCGUUUGCAGUGUAUAAUAUAUUUUCCCACUGUCCAUUCAGCAACGCUCUACAUCUCGCAUAUUCACUCACCAUGAACGAUACACAACCUCUCAACAAGGCUGACCUCAUGGCCUCCCACGUAGACUCACUGCUACCCUCCAGUGUUCCCACCCCACCAGACUCGGAGGCUGCCAGCGUCCACGAGUUGGAGCAGCACCAUGCAGCACCGCAGUCCUCGUUCGUUCGCAUCCCCGAUUGCUUCGGCUCCAUCAUGGCUCCGAAACCCACCGUCAACCCCAAUUACUUUGCUGCUAAGGCCAAGGGGGACAGAUGGAUAGCAAGGCAUAUGGGUCUCGACAAGACAACGGCAGUGAAGAACGCACAGGCUGAUCUGUGUUAUUUGGCGUCCAUAUGGUCGGCAACGGCCCCGGAAGAUCGUCUCGUCAUGAUGUUGGAUUGGAACAAUUGGGUCUUCUUCUUCGACGAUGAAUUCGACGAGGGGUGCCUCAAAACAGACCUGCCAGCUGCCGCUGAGGAGGUCAAGCAAACACUGGCCAUCAUGGAAGGCGAUGCACCCCGAUACAGCGCAAAGUCGAACCCAGUGCGGUACAUAUUCCAGACGUGCUGUGAUAAGAUUAGAGAGACAUCUAGCGAAGAGAUGCAACAGCGUUGGAUAGAUCAACAUAAACGAUACUUCGAGCAGCUCCUCGUGCAGGUGGACUUGGAGUCCAGGAAUGCCAGUCUUUCAUGCAGCGUGGAUGAAUACCUCGACCUGCGGAGAGGCACGAUAGGUGUAUACCCAGCCAUCACGCUCGCCGAGUGGGCCGGUGACAUCAAGGUGCCACAACAAGUUUACGACCACCCCAGCGUCCAGAGGCUCAUGCAAAUAUCAGCUGACCUGGUAAUACUGGUCAAUGACGUGCUGUCCUACCGCAAGGACCUCGAUCUCGGCGUCGAUUUCAACUUGAUCACGCUUCUCAUGAACCGAAACCAUCUCAGCGUCCAGCAAGCCAUGGACAAGAUUGGCGACAUGAUCAACGACUGCUAUCGCCAGUGGUACCUCGCUUUGGCCGAACUUCCUUCGUAUGGCGAAAAGGUGGAUCGGGAAGUGAUGAAGUUUGUGGAGAUCUGCCGGGCAAUGGCACACGGCAACCUGUACUGGAGCUUCCAAACAGGCCGCUUCCUGGGCAAUGAGGGCCAUGACGUGCACGAGACAGGACUCAUGCAACUUCCACCCACAUUCAAAGCCAGCGCAUGAG